GGGGGAGGGUGGCCGGCGAUAGAAGAGUUACCCUGAUGCUGGCAGCCCAGCGUCGCGGGCAGGAACACAACCUUAGGUGACACUCCUCUCCCCCGAUCAGUCUCACUUAUCCUCGCCAAAAUGGUCUUCAGCUUCGACCCCCCCGCCGCCACUUUUGGCGCCACCGCCACCACCGCCGCCAGCGGCAACUCUUCCGACAACGAGGAGGCCCCCUCCAACGUUGACGUCCACUUCGAGCCGGUCGUCCGCCUUGAGGAGGUCGAGGUCAAGACCCUCGAGGAGGAUGAGGAUGUCCUCUUCAAGAUGCGCGCCAAGCUCUUCCGCUUCGAUCGCGACAACAACGAGUGGAAGGAGCGCGGUGUCGGCGAUGUCAAGUUCCUCCAGAACCGCGACUCCAAGAAGGUCCGCCUGGUCAUGCGCCGCGAGCGCACCCUCAAGGUUUGCGCCAACCACGUCAUCCAGGGUGAGAUGGAGCUGACCGCCAACGUCGGCUCCGACCGUUCUUGGGUCUGGAACGUCCCGUCCGACUACUCUGACGGUGUCCCCAAGCCCGAGCUCCUGGCCAUCCGCUUCACCAACACCGAGAAUGCCCAGCUCUUCAAGACCGAGUUCGAGGAGAUGAAGCGCAUCAACAAGUCCGCCAACGAGGGCAACCCCAUCGCCGGCAAGAUCUUCGUCGAGAAGAAGGACGAGGAGGAGGACGACAAGAAGGAGACCCCCGCCGCCGCCCCCGAGCCCAAGGAGGAGGAGAAGAAGGAGGAGGAGAAGAAGGAGGAGUAAAUCUCCCCUCCUACAAUGUACACCCCUCCCUCUCCCCCCCCCCCUCCAUAUUCCCCUUUACCCCUCAGCUAUACACUCCGCCCUUGACUAUAUUCCCUGCGUGUGUGGUGCAUGCGCGCACGACCGUGGCCUCGCUCGAUCCUCCUAUUCCACAUAUGUCGCCUUUCAGUCAGCACGCCCCCAGUUUCCCCCUUCCCUCGUCAGUUCCUACAUGGGGACAAUACCGAUACAUUUCAUCA